AUGCUGCAACCGUCACGAGUGCAAGCUGCAGGUGACCAGAAGUUGCCUUGGGAUGGCCGAUUCCAAGACUUGAAGGUUGGCUCGCUCAAUGACAAGUACCUGACGCACAUUUUAACGGACCGUCAGAACGGCAAGGUGAAGCCGGACCAGUGGGUGACGAUCACGCCAACCGGUCGCUCCAAAGCCUUCAAUAAGGACACGGGUGUUGCCACGCUCGCCGUGGACUCGGAAGCGAUUUUCGGAGGUCAAACCAACUUUCGUCGCUCCGAGUUGGUGCAAAACGUAGCUGGCAACACAGCUGGCACCACCUUCUUCCGAGUGAGUCUCAUGAAGGAAAAGCCGUACGCGAACAAGUACUCGUGGCAAGUGGUGUUCCCCGAGUCGCAUCUCUUUGAGAUCCGCAUUGACGCGAAGAAAGACCCGGUCGAGUUGCUCUGGUACACGGGUGGCGGCAUGGAGACGCGCUGGUCCACUGAGUUCAAGACCAAGACGUGGUACAACUUUGGCAUCGCCGUGUCGACGGGGAAACUCGCACUGUACUUUAGUGAAGACGAUGACCCCCUGGCCCUGACCAAGACCGAGAGCUACAAUGGCGCGGUUCCUACAAACUACGAGUUCCACUUUGGCCAGCUCACGCUCUCGAACGAUGGCAGUGUGGUCAAGAUGGUGGAUGGCCAAGACGUGCUGUCUUUCAAUGGUGUGUCAGUUGAAGACAGUGUCCCUAGCGACGCUGGAGGGGCUGCCAAGACCACUAAUUCGAGCUCAAGCAGCUCGAGUGGAUCGGCUCCUUCCAAGACGCCGGAGGUUGCUGUGGAUGAGUAUGCUGUUGCGAAGACAGCUCCCACAACGGAUGCAUCUGUUACGGGUGAAACUGAUGAGGAGGAGAGCCAGGUUGAUGAGAAACCCACGGACGCGGUGCCUACGGCUUCGUUUGCCUCACUUGCUUCUGACGGCUCUACCGAUAAGAACCCUGCCGACGAGAGCGCUGAUGAUGGCAAGUUGGAAAGCGACACCUCGGACGAGUACACCCCUGUAGCUGCGCCAACUACCACAGGCGCGCUGACGGCUACCAAGUCAGGGUGUAAGGUUCGUCGUGGCUGA